AUGAGUGAAACAUGGCUAAAGAACAAUCCUCACUUAUUAGAAUAUGUUAACAUUCCUGGCUACUCUAGCGCCUUUCGCAACCGAGAUAAAAUUUGUGGGGGAGGAGUUGGUGUGUAUUUGAGGGAUACUAUUAACUACAAGAGGCGUACAGAUAUUGAAGACAUCGAACCUGAACUAGAACACAUAUGGCUGGAAAUACCUAGUAAAAAUAAACACAGUAAGAUUUUGCUCGGAGUAUUGUAUCGAUCAGAGCGUUUACAGGACUUCCAAGCUUGGAUGGACAAGACCGAAAAUUUGCUAAGCCAGCUAAAUGUCCUCUGGGAUGGUCCACUUGUCGUCACCGGCAACAUGAAUAUCAACCUGUUGAAACCUGAAUUACCCCAAGUUAAGAAAUAUACUGAUUUACUGGAAUCGCUGAAUCUUUAUCAACACGUGCAAUGUCCUACUCGUACUGCUCCUACUUCUGCAACACUUAUUGACCACAUAAUUA